GUAAUUAGUCCUGUAGACAGAUGAGAAUAAACCAUUUGGACUUAGUCAUGGAGCAGCUCCUCUAUCUUCUCAUUACCCUCAUUGCAUCUUCAUCCAUUAUCUCAGCAGGAAAUGACACAAACUUAUUAAUCUCAACUACUACACUACCAAACACAACCGCUUUGUCCACACAGCUUGAUGAUUCAAACACAGCCGCCCGAACAUCUCCAGAAAUGUCAGUGACUCCUGCAUCUCAUCAUGACCUUGUUAUGACCAGCCACACCUUUAAAACUGUGAGCACAACCACUACGGCUCUUUUAACUUCCAGCCACAUAACAAGUACUACAGCUGUGCCUGCUGAAAACAGAAAGACUUCUUCAAACGACACAUCAGAAAGACAAACCAAUAUCACCAGCUCACCAUUAACAAGUUCAGAAUCCUACACUGAAGCAACUCAACGUACUGUCUCAUCCGUGGCUACAACAAAAGUUGAUGUUUCUGGAAAUAUAACCCCUACAGUUCAAUUAAACAUCACCAAGUCAGAGGUCACUGCUCCACCAGCGCUGCUGUCGGGCAACAGUCUUACUACACUUGCUUUUGGUGUAAUGAGUCUUAUACUCAUUUUAAUUGUUGUCAUGGUGAUUCUGGUCACUACAAUCAAUCUCAGGGGACGCUGUAGAAGGACAAAACAGCAGGAGGGUAUUAAAAACUAUGACUCUGUGGUGUCCGACAGCAACACGACCAACAACUGUGAGAAAGAGAGCAUCACUCUUGUUUCUGUGCGGACAAUAAACACAGACUAUGACACAGAUUCUCCUCAGGUCUCUUCAGUUCGCAGUACUAUAGUGGACAACGAGGACCAAGAACUUAACAGAGACCUGCUGAACAUCAAAGGCGGACUUUGAUUUCUCUCCGAUCACAGACAAUUACAGCAGCUCAUGUUACACAUUUAUAAUGCAUCUCAAGGUCAUCACAACACACAACAACAACAUGCUUAAUGUGAUAAUAUAUGUUUUAAAAGUGUCAUUCCUUACCUUUCUCAAAUAAAAUAGUACAUUUGUUUCUAAUGGCACAUGUUUAUGGGAGGCCAAGCUGUCUUGUUACAACGGCUGUAUCUUUGUUACAAAGGUUUUAGGUCAAAAGUCCAAACAAAACAGUACAUGUUUAAUUUACUCUAGCAGUGAUUUCAUAUCGUCGUUUUCCUUCUGAAACCUCGGAUGUCCAAAUUCACUGUUUUUCAGGAAAUGGAAAAACCACUGUACUUUUUAUUGGUUAGCUAAGUGACAAACAUAAAGGGUGACUAAUAAUAAUGAUUUAUUGCCAAAAACAGAAUGAAAUAUGGUAAAAAUAAUCAAAUUAUAUGAUAAAUGAAACAUGGGCAAGGUUUCAGAAGGGCAAGCAAUAUUUAGGCUUUAAUCUUGGACUACUGGGAUUCAGUAUUGUAUCAAUUUUGAACAGUAUUGUGUAUGUUGUUGGUGAUAAACGGCGAUAUAGUAAUUCGUUUUUUGUUUUGUUUUGUUUGUAGGAAAACCGUAAAAACCACAAAUAUUCCAGGGUUUGCUAUAGACAGUUACAACAGCAACUACAUAAACAAACGUUAUGUGGUCCAAACUUAACGUCCGGUAGACCCCAGAAUCAAAUGUUGGGUGGUUUUAAUGUAAUUUUAUACCAUUAAUAUACAGUACAAUAUUACUAUAAAAUAAUAUCAAUUUAAUCAAAUAAAUUGUUUUAUUAUAACCAAACACAGACCGGAAAUUAACUUCGGGCCAGGCGCGUGCGUUACCAUGGUUUAAAAGUAAAAAUGGUAAUCAAUCUGCCAGAAAAUAAUAACAAAAUAAAAAAAACAUGGUUACUACACUUUACCAUAAUAAAACCCUAGGGGAGGCUAUUGAGAACCAUUUCAUUUAAGUGAACAAGGUCAUUGUGUCCAGUGACAGUCACGC